ACUUUGUAUUGCUUCUUAGUCUCGGUCACCAUUUCAAUUUCCUAUGGAAGAUUACGAUGAGUCUUCUGUCGGUAAAAGAGGUAAGCGACGUAGACUUAAAACUGAGGCAAGGGAUUCUAAAAAGCGUGCAAAGUUAAAGCACAGGGAUGAUUCUCUAGUCUUACCGAAAAGACGCUCAGAUCGUGUUUCCAAGAAGGAAAAAACAGUCGAUCAACUGUGUGAAGAGUUAGGGAUAGAUGACGUAGAGAUGACUUACUCAACUGAAGAUUUUGAAAACUGGACUAUCCAAAAACUAUUUGACCAGUACGUUCGUCCUCUGAUAGCAAAUAAAAACCCAAAUGCAUCGAAAGAAGAUGUUCAAAAAGUAUUAGAUGCUAAGUGGAAAGAAUUCGCCAUAAUGAAUCCUUAUAUCCCAAAAGGAGAGGAAGACUUAGACGAUGAUUUCGAUGAUGUUGACACAGAAACCCAGGAGGACGAAGUUUCUGACAUCCGUAUUCACAAUAUGUCAUUUAAAAAACGUAAAGGCGUUGUGGGGAAACACAUAGUUCAAAUAUCUCCGACCGGGUACGCUACUCCACUUUCUGCUGGAGCGGGUAGCGAGGCUGCCAGUCAGUCCCCUCCUCCUUCACCUGCUCAGGUACCAGCUGCAACACCCCCUCUAAAGAUUCGGAUAAGCAAGAAAAAGAAAAAACGUGGUCGUAAAAAAAUUGAGGAGCGGUCUGUUGGAGGCCAUAACACAAGUGAUGAAGAAUUCGAACGACAAUUAGAAGAGGCCGAAUUGGCUCAAGAUGAAGAACGUGAUCGUCGCAAGCAACGGGCAAUCAGGCGUCCUACUGCUGGUGGGAAUGGGCCUGGGUCCAAACUGGUCGAUUCGAGUUUCCUGUCUAGUAAAGUAAUCCAUACUCACCAGAAGACAACUGCUCGGUUUCCCCUGGUUGUUGCUCGCACUUUUACGAAAAUCGGAGAGGAAGAAGGUUAUGAGACCGAUCAUCAGGAUUAUUGCGAAGUUUGUCAACAGGGAGGUGAAAUAAUGUUGUGUGAUACAUGUCCACGUGCAUAUCAUUUGGUGUGCUUAGAUCCAGAGUUAGAAGAAGCUCCAGAAGGAACUUGGUCUUGUCCCCAUUGUGAGAAGGAAGGUAUCACAUCCGUUUCUAAAGCAAAUAAAGAGUGUGAAGAUAGUGGAUCUGAACCAGCUGUUACAUCUGACAAGAAUGGAAAAAUAGUGUCUGCUGUUCACCCAACCUCUCCUGAAAAAGAUGAACAUCAGGAAUUUUGUACGGAAUGUAGAGAUGGUGGUGAUCUUAUUUGUUGUGAUAACUGUCCAGCUAGUUACCACAUAGCUUGUUUAAUCCCACCUCUGGCCAAUAUUCCUGAAGGAGUUUGGCUGUGUCCACGUUGUGGCUGUAAACCACUAAAAGCCAAGGUGUCUAGAAUACUCACAUGGAGAUGGUUUGAACCUCCUAAAAUUACCGAUGAACUUGUCCAUACACACUAUCAUCAGCGUUCACAAGAACAGGUCUCUGAAGUAAAUAGUGAGGAUACGUUAAAUGCCGAAAUUGUGUCGGGGAAUGUUUGUACUGUUCUUGAUCGAGAUUCCAAAUCAGAUAACGUCAACCCAGUCAUCUCAGUACCAAUAGACUCGGAUAAAACCGCUGUUAAAGUUUUAGCGGAUAAUGAAUCAAAGCUUGUUGUGGAAAAAAAUAACUCUUUAUCUACUCAACCACAGCAUAUUUCAAUUAAACCACUUCACGUAAGACGUCCCACUAGAGAAUUUUUCGUCAAAUACUCAGAUUUGUCAUACUGGCACUCUGAAUGGCUCACUGAACUACAGAUAGAUGUUCACCACCCAAUCAUGCUGCGAAAUUAUUUCAAGAAAAAUGAUAUGGAAGAGCCUCCACUUCCUGAAGAUGGAAGCACCUAUAGGGGCCGAGCUCGUGAAAAGGUUGCGGAUCCACAUAAUUUAGAAGAACGCUUCUAUAAAUGGGGUGUUAGACCGGAAUGGUUACAACCACAAAGGAUCAUCGACCACAGAACUGGUAGAGGAGGUCAAACCUGGUAUCUAGUUAAAUGGCGUGAUUUACCAUAUGAUGAGUGCACAUGGGAAGCACGAGACGGUGAAGUUGUUGAUAUGGAUAAAUUCAUUGAAGAAUAUCGUACAAUGCGUAAGGUCUUCAUGGGACAUUUGUGCAGCACCGUGGGUCCUGAUGGUUCAUUGUCGGUUGUCAGUUUGUGCAAAAGACACAAACCUGGUCGUCGUUCUUCAAAAGAGCUGGCUGCUGAAAAUUUAAGUCCUGAAUUACUUCGUAAACUGCCACCUGAUAAAUGUUUGACAGAUUUAAAGAAACAAUACACUUCUCAACCAAGUUUUCUUGAUGAAACCGAUGGACAGUUACAUGAAUACCAAUUGGAAGGUGUCAAUUGGCUUAGGUUUUCCUUCGGUAACAAAAUCGACACAAUCUUAGCUGAUGAAAUGGGUUUGGGAAAAACGAUCCAAACAAUUGCUUUCCUUUAUUCCCUUUACAAGGAAGGUCAUUGUCGCGGCCCAUUCCUUGUUGCCGCUCCACUCUCAACAAUUAUUAACUGGGAGCGUGAAUUCGAGUUUUGGGCUCCAGAUCUUUACGUAGUCUCUUACAUCGGCGAUAAAGACUCACGAACAGUUAUAAGAGAGCACGAAUUCUCAUUCGAUGAGGGUGCUGUCCGUGGUGGUGCUAAAGCUAUGAAAAUGAGAACCGGCACUUCAGUCAGAUUUCAUGUACUUUUAACAAGUUAUGAGUUAAUUAGUAUUGACCAAGCUUUACUAGGCUCCAUAGACUGGGAAGUUCUUGUCGUAGAUGAGGCUCAUCGACUAAAAAAUAAUCAGUCAAAGUUUUUCCGUAUCUUGACAACCUAUAAGAUUGGAUAUAAGUUAUUGUUAACAGGAACUCCUCUUCAAAAUAAUUUAGAAGAACUUUUCCACCUACUACAUUUUAUGACCCCUGAAAAAUUCAACGAUAUGCAAGGAUUCUUAGAUGAGUUCGCUGAUAUAUCAAAAGAAGAACAAGUAAAGAAACUUCAUGAUAUGCUUGGUCAACACUUACUUAGGCGUCUUAAGGCUGAUGUGUUACAGGAUAUGCCGUCUAAAGGUGAAUUCAUCGUCAGAGUAGAGCUUAGUCCUAUGCAAAAGCGUUACUAUAAAUUUAUACUUACUCGUAACUUCGAGGCUCUGAGCUGUCGCAGUGGAGGUUCUCAAGUUUCUCUUAUCAAUAUUAUGAUGGACCUCAAGAAGUGUUGCAAUCACCCUUUCCUUUUUCCUUCUGCGGCUGAGGAGGCACAGCGUAUGCCCAAUGGUGCUUAUGAAGGUGUCGGAUUACGGAAAGGCUCUGGGAAACUGGAACUUAUGAGCAAAAUGCUACGCAAACUGUAUGAAACAAAACAUCGUGUGCUGAUUUUCUCUCAAAUGACUAAGAUGCUAGACCUCUUAGAGGACUUCUUAGAUUCUGAAGGUUAUAAAUUUGAAAGGAUCGAUGGUGCGGUUACAGGACAGCUUCGUCAAGAUGCUAUAGAUCGUUUUAAUGCCCCUGAUUCUCUUUCCUUCGCGUUUUUAUUAUCCACCAGGGCAGGAGGUCUAGGCAUAAAUUUAGCUUCCGCAGAUACAGUCAUCAUAUAUGAUUCGGAUUGGAACCCACAUAAUGACAUCCAAGCAUUUUCUCGUGCUCAUCGUAUCGGUCAGUCCAAUAAAGUUAUGAUUUAUCGGUUCGUCACUCGUGGUACAGUUGAAGAACGUGUUACACAAGUGGCUAAAAAGAAAAUGAUGCUGACUCAUUUAGUUGUUCGUCCUGGUUUAGGCGGUAAAGGUUCGUGUCAAAUGUCCAAAAAAGAACUGGACGAUAUUCUUAAAUUUGGGACUGAAGAUCUGUUCAAGGAAGGGGAGGAAAGCAUGGAAGAUGAACACACUAUCGUUUAUGAUGAUGCUGCUAUUGAGCGUUUAUUGGAUCGUAGCCAGCAGGGGUUAGAAGAAAAAGCUUUAGAAAUGAACGACUACCUAACCUCCUUCAAAGUUGCUCAUUAUGAAAAGAAAGAGUUAUUGAAGAAGAAGAUGAUGAAUCGGAAGAUGAAGAUGAAAAUCGUGAAGUAAUAUAGUUUAUUCAUUUCGAUAAUUAAUAGAUGACAUUAUAUAUAUUUUUCGUUUAAAACAGGUUAUAUUUUCACAUAUAUGGAAAAUAUAUUAUAAUCGGGUCUACAUAGACCGAAAUCAACAGCUCGACGUCCACUUAUAUAGCUUAUCUGUUAAGUACUGCAGUCGAUGUAACUGAUAUGUGGGUUCAUGUUUGUAUUUCAUUGGGAGGAUAUCAGGUCACAUCAAUUAUUAUCCCGAAAUGUAGCACGAAAUAAAGUAGGUUGCUGACUGCAAAAAGGUUCAAACCUUGCAUUAUGUACACUGUGAUCAUCAGGUUAUCAAUAAAUGCCCGAACAAUCCUUUCCGUCUAGCCUUAACCUAACAUAUUCUUCUCAUGAGAAAAGAACAUAUGGUUGGAGACUCUGGGUAACGCGGCUCAGAAUCGACCACAAUGGCGUCGGUGUAUACAUUCUUUGUCUUCCCUUAAGCCGUUAUCAAACAGGAACUUGAUCCAGCAGAUCCAACGUAUUGGGAAAAGUUGUUGCGCCAUCACUUUGAACAAGCUCAAGAAGAUCAAGCUCGAGCUCUUGGUAAAGGUAAAAGAGUUCGAAAACAGGUUAAUUACUCAACAAAUCAAGAAGAAGAAGAAGAGUGGAAUCAGGCUAUGACUGAUCAUGAUAGUGACUUUUCUAACAAAGAUGAAGAUGACGAUGAAUAUGACGAGCGUACAGGUGCAGCCGGCGGCGAUGUUCCCGUUAUGAGUCGUCGCACUCGGCGUGAACGUGAAGGUAAAAUGCCUCCACUUCUGUCUCGUGUUAACGGUCAGAUCGAAGUACUAGGCUUUAAUGCUCGUCAGCGUCGCUCAUUUCUCAAUGCAGUAAUGCGGUGAGUGUAAAUUUCCUCAAAAUAUUUCGUGCUUUUUAAAUAUAGAA